AGCAGCGUGCAAGCUAUGGUGGCGCUGGAGAACCCGGAGGGCGGCCCGGAGGAGGCGGCGGCGGCGGCGGCGGCGGGGGUCGCCCCGGGCGGGCGGCGGACGCUAAGCUGUACUGGUCUCUACAGAUGUGGUUAUUUAAGGGGCCUUAACCCACUCGAAGUGGGUAUUUUACCUGCCAGGCCCCUUCCGGGCUGCCUGCCCGCUCUAGCCAGCUCCCAGGUGAAGAGGCUCUCGGCCUCCAAGCGGAAGCAACACUUCAUCAACCAGGCUGUGCGGAACUCAGACCUCGUGCCCAAGGCCAAGGGACGGAAGAGCCUCCAGCGCCUGGAGAACAAGACCGUCUGUUUCCAUCUAGCCCAGUACCUCCUGACCCUGCUGGAGACAGACGGAGGCACACCUGGCCUGGAGGAUGGGGACCUGGCGCCCCCCGCAGCACCCAGCAUCUUUGCAGAGGCCUGCAGCAACGAGACCUAUGUCGAGGUCUGGAACGACUUCAUGAACCGCUCUGGGGAGGAGCAGGAGCGGGUUCUCCGCUACCUGGAGAACGAGGGCAGGAGCAAGGCGCGGAGGAGGGGCCGCGGGGAAGACAGGCGGAGAGAGGACCCGGCCUACACGCCCCGCGAGUGCUUCCAGCGUAUCAGCCGGCGUCUACGAGCCGUUCUCAAGCGGAGCCGUAUUCCCAUGGAAAUGCUGGAGACCUGGGAGGAGCGGCUGCUGAGGUUCUUCUCUGUGUCCCCCCAGGCCGUGUACACGGCCAUGCUGGACAACAGCUUUGAGAGGCUCCUGCUUCAUGCCAUCUGCCAGUACAUGGACCUCAUCUCAGCCAGUGAUGACCUGGAGGGCAAGCGGCAGAUGAAGGUCAGCAAUCGGCACCUGGACUUCCUGCCGCCGGGGCUGCUCCUGUCCGCGUACCUGGAGCAGCGCAGCUGAUGGCGGCCCUGCCCCCGGCCCCGCCUCCCCAGUGCCAAGACCUCCCGUAACAUCACUGAAAUAUCUUUAUUAUUUUUGGAAUUUUCCCUUGGAAACGUGCUCUUCCCCUUGGGGUGGCUCCCGCACCGCACCCCUUCCCCGCCCAGCUUUCCGAGUUAAAGCUGGCGGCUGGGCUGCCCCGCACGAGCAAAAUUCACACUACUCCCGCCCCGGGGCCUGGACUCGGGAGGAGAUGCCUGGCCUGGUCACUUCCCUGUCCCUUCCUGGGUCAGCAUUUUUGGCCCCGUGUGAAGCUUAAGCGAGGAGGGAGAGGCUGGGUUUUUAUCAUUUUUAAUGAAUUUGAUGUGAUUUGUUGUAGAUUUUUAAAUUUCCCUUUUGCGAAGAAAAACCAAAAACUUGCCCCAAGUGAUAAAUUGGGGGGCUUCAUUCCAGUCCCUGCUUGACCCUCUCCCAGUUUUUGGCUUGGGUGGAGGGUCUCUGGGGCCCUGCCCCUCACCCUGGGAGCAUUACAUUUGGGGGGUGUGUGUGUGUGCGCGUGCGCGUGUGCAUGUGUGUGCCCCGCAGCCCAGGAUGGAAGCUGCGUCUUAAAAGUUGGUGUCACCCUCUUUUUGGAGUGUGUGUUGCCCUCGCCACUCGCCUUUGGUGGCUGUUAGGGCCCCGUCUGCUCUACACAUCCCCCUUCCUUCCUACUGAGGAUCUGGGACUUCCAGCCAGAAGCCUCCACUCUCAGACUGUCCUGUUCCUCCCUCCAUGUCCCCUUGCCCCUGCCCCCAGCCUGGCUCUGGGGUGUCCUCGUGCUGGUCACCCUGGCCUGGCACAGGAAGCAGGGCUGGAGACUGCACCCCUGCCCUGCACCCCGUGUGUGUGGCUAGUUGUGCUUUGGGAAAGGUGGAGCGUUCAAUAAAUUUCUGGUGCUCUGGUC